UCUGGAAUGAAACCAAUAUGAUUCAUUUUUUUGGUCUUUAUUACAUUUGUCCAAGUUCAUAGGAUACGGGGACACACACGAUCGUCCGGCUCGUAGCUACCGGAAGGAGCAGCACAAUCUCCAUUGAAUCGAAGCAAAAAAUGUCUUGAUGCCGGACAACGUGACGGUGCGUUCGCGUGCAGGCGGAGGCGCACGCUCGCGAGGCUUCGCGCUCCGAUCCGAGCGCACGACGCUGUGAUGCGUUCAGGCUCCUGCGGCGCAUCCGACAAAACCACAGCCCUCGCGCGCCUCCCGAUCGGGACUGGAACAUCCAGGAGAAGAGCGUCGCGCCGUCGUCAUCGGCAGCCGGCUCCUUGCGAGAGAAGCGUUGCGCACCUCCUUGGCGCCGCCGCCGCCACCUCCUCACUCCCUCCUCCUCCUCCUCCUCCUCCUCCUCCUCCUUCCUCCUCCUCCUCCUCUUCCUCCGUCUCCUCAGCCUCGCCGCCACCGGAGGGGAGUUUUUCCCUGUGUACUUUGCAGCGGGAGAAGAACAACACGAUAGCAGUGCUACAAGCAGCAGCCAUGGGAAAGCAGAACAGCAAGCUGACACCCGAGGUGAUGGAGGACCUGGUGAAGAACACGGAGUUCAACGAGCACGAGCUGAAGCAGUGGUACAAGGGCUUCCUCAAAGACUGCCCCACGGGAAGACUCAACCUGGAGGAGUUCCAGCAGCUCUACGUCAAGUUCUUCCCGUACGGCGACGCCUCCAAGUUUGCGCAGCACGCCUUCCGCACCUUCGACAAGAACGGCGACGGCACCAUCGACUUCCGAGAGUUCAUCUGCGCGCUGUCCAUCACGUCGCGCGGCAGCUUCGAGCAGAAGCUCAACUGGGCCUUCAACAUGUACGACCUGGACGGCGACGGCAAGAUCACCAGGGUGGAGAUGCUGGAGAUCAUCGAGGCCAUCUACAAAAUGGUGGGCACGGUGAUCAUGAUGAAGAUGAACGAGGACGGCCUGACACCGGCGCAGCGAGUGGACAAAAUCUUCAGCAAAAUGGAUAAGAACAACGACGACCAGAUCUCGCUGGAGGAGUUCAAGGAGGCGGCCAAGAGCGACCCGUCCAUCGUGCUGCUUUUGCAGUGUGACAUGCAGAAGUGAAGCCCCCCCCCCCCCAUCCCCACAAAUGCCACCUCUGCUCGCUCCCCACCCCCACCCUGCCUGCAUCCACACACACACACACACACACACACACAUUGGACUCCUGUUUAAAUGUCUCAUUCCACAGGGGUAGAAAAAAAAAACAAACAAACAAAAAAAGCUUGGACUCUUUUUCAAUGGACUCGCUUCUUGUGGUCGUAUGCAUGAGAAAUAUGUCAAAUACGCGGAAUCAUUUUUGAACAUAGCGACAAGUUAAUGCUUACAUUUCUAUUUCCCGACGUGUCGUCAGUGCGCCGUCAACCCCCGCGCAACGACACGCUCAGCGAAGUCCAAACUUUUGCGACACGUCCGACGGGGCCGCCGCCAUAUUCUUAUUUGGGGAGCGCGUCGGCGGCACGCGGCCCGGGUUGGAGCGUUUUGACGUCGGUGUCGACUUCGCCGUUUUUAGGUCGACUCGUGCGACACGUGACGGUGCAAAUUGUAAAUUCCCACGAUUUAAAGGGGAAAUCCAAUGGUUUGCAUUAACAAUGUAUCCAAUAGGUCAUGUAAUAUGUACACUAUCGUGACAAUGUGAUGUUAAAUCUUCUCUCAUUUAAUCGUAUUUUGAGAAGAUUUUU